UCGCAUGGGGUACCCUUGGACUCAGUUUGCGCACGGAGAGGAACUCUCAAUAAAAGGUGACCGGAUCUCCGUUUCGCCAACAGACCGAGCAACGCAACUCGUGUACUCAGUCGACCAGAUCUUGCCGAGGAAGCGCGUAGUUUUCUGGAGAAAUUCUUCUCAUCCGGUUGUUGCCAGAGUGGUACAAAUGUCCCCUCGGACGUUGCUCAUUGUCCUCUCGCUGGUUCUUCUGGCACACCAGCCUUGCGACGGCGGCAUUAUCCUGGACAAGAUCAGCAGCUUCGUCAACAAGUUCGUGCCGCUCCAGCGAACAACGACCACGGCGCUGCCUCCGACUGCCUCCACGUCAUCAGAGGGGGCUGCUGCAGCAGCCAACCACAGCGCCGGCGACAAUGCGACUACUGCAGCGCCGCUCUCUGGCCCACAGCUCGCUGUUGACAACUCGACGCUGUCCGUGACGUCACUGCCAGAUGAUGUAACCACGGCCAGCUCGAAUAAUUCACAGUCCAAAGGUUUCAUCAUCGCCCCUAACCUAGUCAAAUGCGGCUCCGGUUUUAGAACGGGACAUAAUGGCCGGUGCCACAGGAUUGUGUGAAUGAGU